AGCGGUGGUGACCCGUCUCGUCCCAGAGUUCGUAGCGCGCACAUCCGGCAACUAAGGUCCCUUCUCCAUUCACGAGGCAGCUUCGGUUCCACACCUGUACUCUCGCUCACUUCGUCUCCUUACCAACGCAAAGCAAUGGUUUCCCGUAGUUUCGCAAGCCUCCUGGUGGUGGCGCUGGUGGCCAUGGUGGCUGUGAAACGGGUGUCAGCCAAGGCUCUUCCUGUGCAGGACGUCCAGGCCUACCCUCAGCCUCAGCAUGUGUUGGAU